AUGGAGGCAAGGGAGCAGUCGCCUGAGCUCGAGGUGAGGAUCGCUGCACCAUUUGUCGCACGAAUAAUGGACGCACCCCUUCCAAAGGAGUUCAGGCUUCUAGUUAUCAAAGCUUACGCAGGGACCUCAGACCCGCGUUCGCACAUGACGAGGUAUAAGGCGGUAAUGGUGAUGAUUGGGGCAGAAGAUGCCAUUAUGUGCAGAGCAUUUUUGUCCACUUUGGAUGGGGCGACCCAAGACUGUAUACAACGUAAGAAAUCUUUCUCUCACCUCUACGCAAUAAGGCAAGAUAGAGGGGAAAGCUUAAAAGAUUUUUUGAACAAAUGGAAGAAGGAAGUUAACAAUGUGUAUGAUUUUGAUUCCAAGGAGUCGAUCCUAGUAUUCAUCCAAGCGCUCAGAUCUGAAGACUUCCACAGGCAACUAAACACCCAUCGUCCUCGCUCUUAUGAAGAUCUAAUGAGGACGGUCAGUCGUUACGCAGAAGCAGAGGAAACUGAUAAGAAUAAAAAAGAAGAGGAGGAAGGCAAAGCAAUGGGAAAGGUAAUCCUGAACCAAGCUAAGGAGUUGGGGAUGGUUCAAUUUCCAAAGGUGUGCAUGAAAGUUUCCCCUAAAGUAGACCAGACCAAAUACCAUCGGUUCCACCGGCAAGUUGGCCAUGACACUAACAAGUGUCACAUUCUAAAAGGACAAAUAGAAGAGCUAAUUCAGAACGAAUAUUUUACUCAGUUUGUUAAGUAUCCAAGGCAACAGCAAGGUCAACCCGGAAAUGUGUGGCGGAAGGAUGAGGACCCCGAGCUAUCCGUUUCCAACACCAAAAAGAAAAGUUGCGAUCAAGUCAUGAAAUGA